CUUCUUUGUCUUUACGUAGUCGUAUCUUAAGUUAGGGGCGAGCGAUUGCAAAGACCUUGUGUGUUUUGACUAUGCAGGAGGAUAAUAACGUUGCUUUAGCCUAGCUGGGUCACUUGCUAGAAAGCUACGCGAUAGCAUAGCUAACCUCAUUCUGCGAUACAACCUCGAGACAAGUCGGGACAAGACCAGUCUCAGGGCUCACCAUACUCAAUGAGCGGACAGCGCAAUGUCAGAGCGCUCUGGGCAAACUGCAAAGGGGAAGGAAGGCAAAACCAAGUAUGCGUCUCUCAACCUGUUUGAUACAUACAAAGGAAAGAGCCUUGAAACACAAAAGCCUGUUGUUCCCCCCCGCCAUGGCCUGCAGUCUCUUGGUAAAGUUGCCUCCGCGCGGCGUAUGCCACCCCCUGCCAACCUGCCCAGUCUGAAGGCAGAGAACAAAGGCAACGAUCCUAACGUCUCGCUCGUUCCCAAAGACGGCACAGGAUGGGCAAGCAAACCGGAACCAGCAGACCCAAAGAGUACCGAUGCAUUGUCAGCACCGCAGCCGGAACCGCAGCAGCCUGUGGCUUCACAGAUGCCUGCACCGACCCGCCCGAGAACCCCGCCGGCUUCAGAGGUACCGACAAACACAGCUCUGGCCCCAGCUUCAACCCAGGCCGUAGGGGCAAGGUCCUGGGCACAGGCCAGUGUUACACAUGGAACACAAGGGGAUGGUGGAAAGGGAUCAAACCUACCGUCGCCAUUCUCUCGCGAGGAAUUUCCCACCCUGCAGGCGGCUGGCGACCAGGACAGAGCUGGCAGAGAACAGGGCACUGCAGAUCAGUGGUAUGGGCCCGGACCAAGCCUCCGCCCCCAGAACGUUACAAGCUGGCGGGACGGUGGGGGCCGAGCCCUGGCGCCCACCCUGUCUGGGGAGGGGGCAGCGGAGGGUGGCAGUGGUGGGGCUCUGGUGAUGGAUGGGGCAGCUGGGGUCCCGCCUCAGAACCCUCAGUCCCACGGGCCACCUAGGAACCCUCCCGCAGGCAGCCCCGCCUUGCCCCUGCCCCAGCCCCCCGUUGGGCCAGGGUUCCCCCAAUACCGAGGGAUCAUGCCUCCAUUCAUGUAUCCUCCCUAUCUGCCCUUUCCGGCCCCCUAUGGCCCUCAGGCACCCUACAGGUACCCGCCACCUGGGGAAGGGCCUGCUCCAAGGUUCGCUCGUGCGCAAGGUGGUCCUGACAGCAGGCCUCAGGGUGGCCCACGUGAUGCAGGUGGAGAGGUGGUGAAGCGACCCUCUAUCCUAAAGCAGGACGACCUGAAGGAGCUUGACGAGCUGGACCACGAUGGAGACGACGGCUGGGCAGGAGCUCAUGAGGAAAUUGAUUACUCUGCCAAGUUGAAGUUCAGUGAUGAUGAAGGAGAUGAGGAGGGAGAAGAGGAGAGAACGGAGAGCAAGAAUGACUUGCGUGAGCAGCAGAGGUCCCAGGAUGCCCCCCCUGCAACCUCUCGCUCUCGAGCUUCAGAGAGCGGUGGAGACACCCGCCGCACCCCUCCCACUAAUGCUGACAAUGGCUCCCAACCCCCCUCCAGCAAGCCAGGAUGGGCCGAGGAGGGUGGCAGUGGCUGGAGCGGCCAGGGAGCACCACCCAACUACCAGGGGCGCAGGCCUGGAUUGGGUGGUCCCCGGGAGCAGCCCUCCCCCCCACCUGGGCCGCUCCUCGGACAAGGGCCCUACUCCUUUUACCGAGAGGACCGGCCCCACAACCAGGGUGCCCCUCUAGGCCCUGGAAAACCUGGCCCUGCCCAGCACCAGCCAGCAGCAGGAGGCCCUAGCCCUCCUUCCCAGCCUGGCCUGCUGGUCCAUGGGGCCCAGGGGGAGGAUGAGGAUGAGACUUGGCGUCAGCGCAGGAAGCAGUCCUCUACUGAGAUCUCUGCUGCAGUGGAGCGAGCCCGUCGACGCCGUGAGGAGGAAGAACGUAGGAUGGAGGAGGAGAGACGUGCUGCCUGUGCCGAGAAGCUGAAGAGGCUCGAUGAGAAGCAGCAACAGCAGCAGGGCAGUAACGUGGGAGGCAGUGUUGGCACCAGUAAAUCCCCGAGCCUUGAUGGAAACUUGACAGCUGCCACAGCAGGCAGCCCUAGUCCAUCUAUGUCAGCCUCUGCCUCCUCCCCCAACAUCAGCCAGCCCCCAUCCCCAUGCGUAGACACCGAGGAGCCUCCAGUGCUGGCUGUGCAGCCGGGGACGGGUCCUGGAGUCAGUGACAGACAGCGAGCCAGCAGCAACAGCAGCUAUGACUCCGGCGCAGAUACCCAACAGUGUCCCCAGCCUGCUGUGUCACAGCCACAGCAGCCCACCCUGGAGGUACCUUUACCGGGAGAGACUAAGGAGGAGACCAUUGGUAGUCCUCGCAUUCGUGCAGGAAGUGGAGGUGAAAGAGGAGUCGACCCAGUGAAGAUUGAGAAUAUUGGAGGAGGAGCAGGUCGUCAAGCCGGUGGUCCCCCUGGCCAGGGUUACUCAAAGUACCAGAAGUCUCUUCCACCUCGUUUCCAGAGGCAGCAGCAGGAGCAGCUCCUGAAGCAGCAGCAGCAGUGGCAGCAGCAGCAACAGCAGCACAGCCAGGCAUCCCAGAGCCAGCUGUCCCCCCAGCCCCAGCCUCCACAGGGUCCUUCACCAGGCUCAACACCCCAGCCAGGGCCUGGACCUAAGCAGGGUGGACCACUGUAUCAACCCAGCAACAUGGUUCGACCCCCGCCUCUGCCAAUGAAUUUUGACCCUCGCUGGAUGAUGAUGCCCUACAUGGACCCUCGCAUGAUGCAGGGCCGCCCUCCACCUAUGGACUAUUAUUCAGCCAGCAUGCACCCAUCUGGGCUUAUUGGGCGUGAGCGGUCUGAUUCAGGGGGAUCUGGUUCAGACCCCUUUGACAGGCAGCAACAGCAUCCAGGGCACCCUCACCGUGGGACCCCCCCUAUGGAUCCAAAGCUGGGGUGGGGGCCGGAGGUAUUCCCUGGUGGAGGGGAGGGUCGUGGGCUCACCUCCCCACUGAGGCAGAAGCAAGCGUUGGAGGAUGAUGAUGUGGCCAAAGGGCCCAGGAGUGACACUCCUCCACACCGCAUGCGAGAGGGUGGAUUGGGACCCAUCCAGCAGCCCAGCUCUAGCUCUGGGACAUCCAAUCAGACCCCACCACCAGUCGGCACUCAAGUUGGCACCCAGGGCGGCAGCCACCACCCUCAUCACUACAUGAGUGGGAGGGGCAACUACAGCAACUUCCCUGAUCAAGGUGCGAGGAUGCCUCCCCAUCAGCAGCCGCAAAGGGCCGGUGAAAGGGGAAACCACCCGCAUAGCUUCACCCAUCAGGAUGAAGGGCCCCCCCGAGGAGCUCAGCAGGGCCAGAUAUGGGGAGCCCCACACCCUCACUACGAUCGCAACGGUCGAGCAGACCUCCCCACUGUUGAGAGCAAUUCUCACCUCCACCAUCAUCACAGCCACCACCCUCAGCAGCCUCACUUCCCUCUCCAUCCCCAUAAGCAAGAGAACAGCCGCGACAGGGUUGUUGAGGCCCCUGCCAAGAAGACAGAUUCCUCUCCCCCACUCCACCAACCUUCCCUCUCAUCUUCAUGCUCUUCCUCGGCCUCCUCUACUUCUGCCAGGGAAGAUGGGAAUGUCAAAAUCGCCAUGCAUCAUCACCCAUCCCACAGAGAGAGUGAAGCUAUUGGGCACAGUCUUGGUGAAAGAGGCAACAGUGGUAGUGCUGGCAGUAGCAGCCAUGUCAAACAGGAGAAAACCGGCCCAGCAUAUGCUCCCCAUUCCUCCAUGACUUCGAGCCCACCUCCCGCUCAGCAUGGCAGUCAUACUCAGCUUCAGCAGCAGCAGCAGCAUCCCCAUCCAAAGUCAAACCAAAGAGGGGGGCGGGAGCACAAGACAGAGACCCAGUGGGGCCCACGGCCUGGCAGCAGCAAUACAGGUGGGGGGUCCUCUCAUGGUAGGAGGGCCAACAAUGCAGGAGGUGGGAGCAAUUCCCGUGGAGGGGAGGACUCUUCCAGCACUCCAUUGGACCACAAGCCCUCCAGCCAGACAGGAGGUAGCAAUGCCAACAAGAGGGCUGGUCCCAUCAAGAAACCAGUGCUGAAAGAGAUGAAGAGAGAGGGAGAAGUUGAUGGAGGAGAAAAAACAAGCCAAGGCUUUGGGAAAGAUAAAGAGCAAGAUGGUGGCCAACCCAGCUCCAUGAAGCAGGAAGCUUCCUCCAUCUCCCAGAAUACUUCAGCUCCAUCUGGUAAAGAAGAGUCAACCCAGUCAGCCAAACCCAGGAACGGAGGAAAAGAACGGUCCUCCGGAGGAGGUGGGGGAGGGUCAGGCAGAGGGCCCAAAGAUGUAGACACCACUUCUUCAGGAUUUUCAGGGUCCAGGAGGGACAGAGACCGCUCCUUUGAGAGAGGAGGCGGCACCCCCCACCACCAUGGAGUCUCCACCAAAGGCGGCAGAGGCAGUCGUGGACGAGGUGGGGAGUUCUAUGGGCGUGGUCGUGGUUACCGGGGAACCUACACGGCCAGCGCUGGACCUAGUGGUGGCAGUCGGGGCAGAAUGGGUGGCAGGAGUGGCAGAGACUACCGCUCGUCUGUUGCUGGUGGCCACCACCAGGAGUCCAAGGGUGAGGGGGCUGGCGGCAGGCAUGGUCAAGACCGGUCCCAACACAACCCAGCCAGAGCCAGGAAUCGAAGUGAAACCCGCAGUGAGGGUUCAGAGUAUGAAGAAAUCCCCAAGAGAAGGAGGGAGAGAGGCUCAGAGACGGGCAGUGAGAGUGGUGCAAGUGACCUUGGUCACUCAGACAAGGAAGACCACCAGAAACCCAACACCAAGAAUGGCUCGGAUAAUGCCAACACCACCGGCAGCGGCAACAUUUCGUCUGCCCCUCCCAGAGGUUCACAGGCCAGGGUCUUCACCCCCAGGGGUGUGCCCUCGAGGAGGGGCAGGGGUGGAGGUAGUGGAGGAGGAAACAUCUACAGGAGUAGUGGCAAUGUUGGAGGAACAGCUGGGGGACACAGGGUUGGACCCAGCUCAGCCUCUCACGGUGGGUCCUCCAAGCCAUCAGCCUCAGUGCGGAAGCAGCAAGCCCCGGCACAAACCUCUGGGCCCAAAGACUUGAGCCGGGGAGGAAAUAGUGGCGAGAAGAAGGACAAGAUGGCUGAUGGAAGUCAAGCUCAAAGUCAGGGGUCCAAUCCCCCUCAGCCAUCUUUGUCUGCAGUAACUCCUGCCACUAUAGGUUCUACUGAAAAUGGAGGGGUUGUUACCCAGCAAGCUUCAACUAACCCUACGUCAAACUCUGGAGGGCCAAAUUCAGUCCCUCUUCCUGCUAAUCGUGGAUUCCCGCCGGGUGGGUUUGAGCGACCCCCCAGACGUCGGCGUCACGGGCGAUCCCAGCAUCAGCAGGACAAGCCACCCCGCUUCCGGAGACUGAAGGAGCGAGAGAAUGCCGCACGCAUCAAUGGAGGAGUGGGGGUCAUCGGAGGAGGAAGACCCUCCUCUCCUUCCCUGAAUUCAGUUCAGGACAGCAACGGAGCCCCUAUCUCUGCUCCCAUGACAGGCAAUGCCCAAAAUGCUAACCACAACGCCACACUAACAGCCAACAAUAACAGUGGUGGAGGGCAUCUCAGCAACGCGAACAGCCACCACCAUCACCACUACAACCAGGGCAACGCUGGGCAAACCCACCCCCAGCACCACCACAGCCAUGGAGCAAAGUCCCCUGACUUCACCAACCAGAACUCGGACCAGGCCAACGAGGAAUGGGAGACCGCCUCCGAGAGCAGUGAUUUCACAGAGUUCAGAGACAGGGAGGGAGGAGGGAAGUCAUAUUCUUCUCACCAUCACCACCACCUAGGAAGGGGAGGAGGGGGCAGCGGAGGAGGAGGAGGUGUGGUCGAGCGAGAGAUGGCGGGAAAAGAGCCCUCAGCUAAUAAAAGAAGCUUUUCAAGUCAGCGUCCUGGCAUGGAGCGACAGAACCGGAGGGUCAACACUGGAGGAGCAGGAGGUGGAGGGGGAGGAAGAGGCCCACGUGGCCCGCCCGGUGGUGGCUCUGGCGGGCCUGGCAACGGAGGUGGUAACCGCGGGGAGAAGCGGGGCAACUGGCCCUCUCCGAAAAAUAGGAAGUGAUGGAAUAUUUCAAAACAUUUCAGAUGAACCCCACCCACGUUAAAAACCCACCUCUUACAUUUUAAUCCCUUUUGAUCAUUAUUUCAUGGCUUUAUUUCAUGUUUGCAUCCCUAAACAUAUUAGUGCAUUGUACAGUAUAUGGAGAUGGUAUUCACAUUCACUUUAGCUGCCACCACCCCGGUCACCUUUUUCCCCCCUUGCAUCAAUCUACUAUCUACCGUCCGUUAUUGUAAAUUUCUCCGUUUGUUCCGUCUUGCUCUCCGUUCAGUUGUCCCCCCCCCCCACCCUCUCCCCCAAAACCCCCCUCCCCCUGCCCCUUUACCUUCCCUCAAGAAUCUCACCCCCAGUUGGAUUUGACAAGCAUGUGGUUCUGCUAUGGAGGUGCACGUCGUUUUGACAGAAGACAUUCACACAGAGCUACACAAACACACACACACACACACACACACACACGCAUAAACAAGCACAAUAUGACAUCUUUUAACACGAAACACAUGCAGUCAUGUGGGCGAAAAAUGAACGUGGGAUUAAAUUGGCAAAAUGUUUGGAUUGGGCUAAUUUUUAUAUUUAUGUACCUGUGUAUAUUUCUACCACACUUUGGCCUUUGGUGGUAUUCAGUAGUGCAGUUCUGCAUUACUUCCCUCACAAAGGGAAAGAGUGCAGCUUCAUCUUUUAACAAGAACAAUGUACCAUAAAAUGUUUUUUUUUUUUUUUUUCUUUCUCUUUCUCUCUCUGUCUUUUUUUUUUUGGGCCUUGUGUCAGUUCAGUUUCAGCCUCUGAGAAAUGUUAGGGGUGUGUGUUUUGUCUUCUAUAAAAGCAGGUCAUUAAAAAUACCUUUUUACUAAAUUUCCCAGUUACUCUUUUCGCUGACUUUUUGGUCUCCUGCAAAGUAGGUCUCUGAUUACUGUGAUAAGACCCAUUGAAGUACUACUGCUCAGUGCUCACCUACACUUACAUUGAUCUGUCUUUAAUAUCAGUGUUUCUGCUGCUUGUGCAGAUAGUGUGAUUUUUCUAUUCCCCCCACCCCACCCCUCAAGUUGUUGACUUGCUAUCGGUUGGUCCUUUUUAGAAAAUAAAGGCUUUUUCAGCCUCAUCGUAGCAUCCUACUUUACCUGCAGUAAAGUUCUGCACAGUGCAAAAAGUUUUCCCCCAAGGACAAUAGUUUUACUCUCUCUUAUGAUCUCAUUCAUGAGUUUUGUUUACCCUAUGAGGACUGUAUUGAUAGCUUGAUGGCUUUAUUUUAACAACCAUUAUUUCCUCAGUGACAUCCAUUUUUAUGGAAACACUUUUUUUUCCCUCCCUUCAAGGUGAAAUACCUUUUCUAUCUUGUUAGGGGAAAAUGAGUUUAAUGAAAAUGUAGGUCAUGCUAGAAUAAGAAAAAGAUGUUUGACUUUCAUAAAACUGUUUAUGCUUCAAUAGGUAACUGAAUAUGUUCUAAUAAGCACUCCUUGUAGUAACAAAUCCAUGGUUGCUGUUUUUUUUUUUUUUUUUUUCCUUCUGUCUUUCUUUGUGUUUUAUGUUUUUCGGGCAAGUUACAUGUGAUGCAACAGAACAGGUACUCUGUCUGGGCCCAGAGUACAGAGCUAGGCUGAGUAUUGUACUAUUACACCUCCUCUGCUGUCCUGCACGCUGCGAUGCACUCUGCGCUCACGUGGAGACUCCUCACGCCAAGGAGGACUACCAAGAGCUCCUUGUCUGAGGAAGUAUUUUUCAAAGUGUGCGCGCUCUCGGGAUGGCUGUUUCAGUGCACGGUGGCAACCCAGAAGCCCAAAACGAAUUAAAUUCAGGACUAUGCUGAAAGGGUGACAACAACAAAAAAAAAAAAAAAAAGAAAAGAAAAGAAAAAAAGAAGCAUCACGCGAAGUCACCUUUCUACAGUUCACCACACGGUUUCCAAGAAGUAACUCGCAACAAAUAAUGCUGACAUGGUGUGUUCAGGAAAUAUUUGGAUUGAUGUAAGAUAACACUUGUAAACAUAGUUUGUAUCACACAUUAAAAAGACACAAAAUGGCACACAGCUUGAAAAAAAAAAAAAAAAAUGACAGGAGACAACAUCCAAGGGUGAACUAAAUCGAUAUACUCAUCUGCAUCAAUUCUGUCACUGCUGUAAGUUGGGGUUUGUUUGUUUACUGACAACAGUUUGAAGAUUGUCUCUGGGAUGUUGUGAGUAGGGCAUUUGAUGAUUUGUGUAUGUGUGUGUGUGCGCGUGCGUGCGUGCGUGUGUGUGUGUGUGUGUAGCAUGUGUGAGUUUUCUGGUGUAUGUGUUAUAACUCGGGGAAGGGGUGGGGACCAGAGGGUAACAUGAAUGGCAAGCACUUUCUGCCUUGUUUGCCCACAACUUGAUUUAACCAAUAUUAUUAAGACAAUUCUACUGUUUUCUUAAAUACAUCCACAUAGAUACAUUCAGCUGUGUGUAUAUGUUCAUCAUCCAAGUGAAGAAGAACAUGCAGUGGAGAACUUCACCAGUUUUUUUUGUGUAAUUUAAAGCAUACAUUCUUAAGCAGGCAAGUGAAGUUGGACAUUAUUAUUUUUUCACUAUGACUUCUUGUAAGCAUGAACACACACCCAUGCGUGCAGCUUGCCUUGCCUGUUACUGGUUUAUACAUCAAUAGCUGUACACUUAACACUGGCUCAAAGAGUCCUUCAUCCCUCCUUAACUCUUACUGUUGAUGUGCGCAUUAUUGUAUGUACCCAUGUUAAAAGAAAACAAAAGUAGUGUAUUCCAGAGAAAUUACUCAAAGAUUGUACUAUGUUUCCAGCAUUACCAAGGUACCUGGAGUGGUUCAAACUGUUUUUAGCAUUUAUGGUUUUAUUAAUGGAACCGUAAUAUACACACAUGUAUGUAUAUUGGUAUGUAUCUAAGUUUUGUCUACCCCAACUUACAUUCCCACAAACAAAUGUUGCCAUUUUUAGUUCAAGGGAGCAAUGUACAAGCAGAGAAGUGUCUUAUUAUAAUAAAGUUAUACAGAGAAGGCAAAGUUAAAUAAACUACUUUUGAUUUAAUGGAAAA